AUGAGUUCGACCCCGCCAUCAAUUGGUGACAAAGAACUCAGUUUUUUCGACCAAGGCAUGGCCUUGGAACCACAGACAUAUGGACGGCCGUACUAUCAACUGAAAUAUCCUGACCCCAGCAGAUCGAACACGUGUCUGCCUGACGGCAACGUCGACACGCAGGGCGUCUCGCGAUCGCGUCUCGUGCUGGCGGCAAGCAAUGGCCACACCGACGUCGUCAAGCAGCUCCUGGAUGAGGGCGCCUCGGUCCAUGAGCGUGACCCAGAGCUUGGCAAGGCGAUCCAGGCCGCGACACUCUCUGGGCACACCGACACCAUGCGCCUAUUGUGCGAAGCUGGUGCCUCGGUGGAUGACGACUACCCCAAUGGAAACACGAUUCUGCAUUGGGCUGUAACGUACAGAGAUCCUGAACUUGUUAACUUUCUGGUCGAAUUGGGGGUGCCUGUUCUAAAGCCUAAUGAUGCUAACGAGACUCCCUUGAUCAAGGCCAUCGAUACACAAAACGAGGAAAUAGUGGCUGGUCUUCUGGAGCACGGGGCAGACGCGGAAGCUUUAGGCGAUGAACCCCUACGACCUCUCUUCCGAGCCGUAGCCUUCGGACAUCUCUCUAUAAUUAAAACACUGGUCAGGCACGGAUGGGAGCUUGAUAGUAAGGACCAGACAGGUGGCACAACUCUCUCCGUGGCCGUCUCUUUCGGACAUUACCAUGUCGUGAGAUAUCUUCUUGACUCAGGACUCGCCUUGGAGGAUACCACGAAUGGAAUGACGGCGUUGCACCAUGCUGUUAAAUCCGGAGACCGGGACAUCGCCUAUCUGCUGGUCGAAAAAGGGGCCAAUAUUGAGGCUGUUGACGGCGAUGAGCUGCGCACUCCCUUCUACCUGGCAAUCGAAUACGGCAGUCCUCUAGUAGCUGAGUAUCUUCUCGCCAAGGGUGCCAAUAUGGCGGCUAGAAAUAGCAGCGGAUAUUGUGCCCUGCAUUUGGCAGCGUCGAGAGAGAGGUAUCUUGACAUGGUCGAUUUCCUGGUCAAGCACGGAGCAGAUAUGGAAGACGUGGCUGCCGACGGUCUCACGGCACUCGGAAUUGCGGCUGCAAAAGGGCACACCAAAACUCUCAAAUUGCUUUUGGACUCGGGAGCAAACGUUGAUAGUCACGGUGGUGUCAGUUCUACCGCUUUACACGCGGCUGCUCGUAGGGGCCAGCUUGAAGUGGUCCAGGUGCUCCUUGACGGAGGCGCCGAUAUCGAGUUGGCCCGCAACACAGAGCGCCCUUACACUGCUCUUGGUAUAGCUGCGUCUUCAGGCCGCCUGGAUGUGGUGAAGCUGCUACUUGAACGGGGGGCCAAACUUGCAACAAGACAGGACCAAGAUGGUUUCACUCCGCUACACAUCGCUUGCAGGGAUGACAUGAUUGAGGUAGUCAAGUUGCUUCUGGAGAAAGGAGCUCAGGUGGACGUUUUGGAUAAUGACGGCUGGACUCCGCUCCACGUUGCCGCUAGAAACGACAACGAUGCUAUUAUUCGUCUUCUUAUGGAAUACUGGGCAGAUCCGUACAUUACCUGCGACGACAACUUGACUCCCCUCGCCUAUGCGGUACGGCACGACCAAAGACUGGCUGUCAAGGCCCUCGUUGAAUGUGGCGCGGACUGCAAUAUUGGGAGCCCCGGCGAAUUCACAGCUCUGUCUCUGGCCGCCCGGCAUGGCUAUUCCGAAACUCUCGAGCUCUUGAUUGAGCUUGGUGCCAACAUAGAGCUUCUAGAUGCUAGGGGCGAGAGCCCUCUGAUCACUGCCGCCAACUACGGCCACCUCAAAACGGCCGAAAUCCUGCUCCAAAAGGGUGCACACGUCAAUUGGGAGGAUUACGAUGGCUGGACUCCACUAGCCAUCGCUGCGAGGCGCGGCUAUGGUGAGCUCGUGAGGCUUCUGUUGGACCGAGGAGCAGAUCAAAGCAUCAAGAAGAAGCAGGGGGCAAGCUGUUCCUUCUCGGUGAUCCAUCGCGCAAUAUGCGUUGGCCAUGUCGACGUUGUCCGCCAGCUCUCGGACGCCACUGACGGUCAGAAACCGCCGAUGGACACACUUGGGAGGUCCCCUCUGUGCUUCGCCGUCAGCCAUGGCCGCCACGCCGUCGUCAAGCUUCUUCUUGAGAGAGAAAGCUACCAAGCCUCCCUGCAAGACAUAUAUGGAUCAACACCGCUAGGCAUCGCGAUUCGGAUUGGAUACGAGUCCGUUGCUCGGCUCUUAUUCAACGCCACAAAGCCUUCCUUGGAUGCGGAUGAUCUUUUAGGGAAAAGUCUAAGAUGGUGGCUGUCAACUGUUGCCACUCCGAGUAUGCAGGAGUUGUUUGACAAUCUCGAGAAGGGCGCCGACGAUGCUGGAUCUGAGAGUGAUGGCAACGACGAGGGCGGCGGAAUGCGCGCGCACUGCGACAUUUGCUUAAUGAGAAUCAUGAGGGACCAGCCUCGUUACCAUUGCGAUGCGUGUCUUGAGGCAGACUUCGACGCGUGCGUGCGAUGCAUAGAAUUAGGGGGGAAGUGCUUAGAUGAGUCGCACAAACUGAUAUACUACGAUUCGUCUCCUCGGAAAAAUUGA